AUGGCAGACACACAUGAAUCAGAAAAUGUAUCCUGCAUUGUGGCAGACACCCAUUCAACAAUAGAUAUAUUAGUAAAUAUUUUCCUGGGCUCAAUAUCUGUUCUGGCAAUAUGUGGAAACCUUCUUGUAAUCAUCGCCAUCAUUUACUUCAAACAGCUCCACACUCCAACUAACUACCUGAUUCUCUCUCUGGCUAUGUCUGACCUCCUGGUAGGGGCUUUAGUUUUGCCAUCCUUCAUAGCACUGUCUGUAGACUCCUGUUGGUAUCUUAGAGAUUUACUUCACAGAUAUUAUGCAGUGUGUCAUCCUCUGAGGUAUACAACCAAAAUGAAUGUUCGUGCUGCUGUGGUCAUGAUCCUGGUCACCUGGGGUGUCUCUACUCUGGUUGGAAUUGGCAUGGUAGUUGUGGGACCUAAUGAGGGAAAAUGUGAAGGACAGUGUCUCAUAUUUGAUAUCCCAAUCUCAAGCGUUACUGGAUGUGUUCUCUCAUUUUAUCUCCCAGCAGUUAUAAUGCUCAGUAUCUACCUAAAGAUUUUCCUGGUGGCACAGAAACAGGCACGCAGCAUCCAGAACUCAAACUGUCAGAGCAUAAAGUCUGGAGCGUCUGUCAGUAAGAUGGAGAGAAAGGCCACCAAAACUCUGGCUAUCGUUAUGGGAGCUUUUCUGAUCUGUUGGGCUCCUUUCUUUACUGGUGUGACCUUAAACCCAUUUAUUAAUUAUUCAGUUCCAAAAGCUGUGGUUGAAUUUUUUACUUUGCUUGCAUGGUCAAAUUCAGUGCUCAAUCCAUUCAUUUAUGCCUUCUUUUACAGCUGGUUCCGUGUGGCUUUCAGAAUUAUCAUUUCUGGCAAAAUAUUUGUAGGUGAUUUUGCAAAUUCAAAACUGCUCUGA